UAGAAGACCACAGAGAAGAUAUAACGAAAAACCCACCCAGCAUCUGCGAAAACAUAUAGAGCCUUUGAGACUGCAAGAACCAGAAAUACCUAAAGCAAAUCCCAGACGGAAAGAAGAAGAAGAAGAAGAAGAGAAGAUGUCGUGGCAAACCUACGUAGAUGAGCAUCUCAUGUGCGAAAUCGAAGGCAAUCGCUUGGCGGCCGCGGCCAUCAUCGGCCAUGACGGCAGCGUUUGGGCUCAGAGCUCUACUUUCCCUCAGCUCAAGCCUGAAGAAAUAACUGGCGUUAUGAAUGACUUUAAUGAGCCCGGAUCACUUGCUCCAACCGGACUGUACCUUGGUGGCACAAAGUACAUGGUGAUCCAAGGCGAGCCGGGAGCUGUUAUUCGAGGGAAGAAGGGCCCUGGUGGUGUUACCGUCAAAAAGACUAGUCAGGCCUUGAUCAUUGGUAUAUAUGAUGAACCAAUGACUCCUGGUCAGUGCAACAUGAUUGUUGAAAGGCUUGGUGAUUAUCUUAUCGAUCAGGGUCUCUAAUUGCCUUGUGAAAUAAAAUUACAAAUUAUUAUGAGUCGUGGGGACUGUGCUUGAAGCCAAAUGUUUGGUGCUUGAGUAGUGAUGACUAAGGUCUCGGUCUUUAUCUUUGUACCCAUUUGAUGGGAAGUAUUAUGAUGAUUUUCUACCGAGUUAUUUCUCUACAUUACUGUGGAUUUCAUCUAAUGGACGUGGUAUAUUGAUUGGCAUAAAUCUACAGCUACUCUUUUAUCUUGA